AAAAAUCCCCAAAUUCUUCCAUUAUUUAACUCCGGUUUCCAUUCCGAUUUCACCAGAGACUACCGACGAUCUUCAAUGGCGGCCGGACAUUCGAUUCUCCUCUGUUUCUUCCUCUUCUUCUUUGAGAUUCAAAUCGCCGCCAAGAAUCAGAAGGAAGCACUUGACGCUCUCUACAAGGCGAAGUUCUUCAGGAACUCAAACGCCGCCGAUUCCUCCGGUUUUUUCGUCCGCAACGAAGUGGCGGAUCAAAUCACCGACGUUUUGCCGACGGUUGAGAUUCACGAUCAGACCGGACGGAAACAGCAGGACAAAAUCGAACGGCUGCCAGGACAACCGCCUAGGGUUUCGUUAUCGCAGUACGGCGGCUAUGUGACGGUGAACAAAACCGCCGGCCGUGCUUUCUAUUACUACUUCGUUGAAUCUCCUCGAAACAAGACCUCGUUGCCGCUUCUUCUAUGGCUCAAUGGAGGGCCUGGGUGUUCGUCUCUUGCUUAUGGAGCCAUGGCUGAACUCGGUCCCUUCCGGGCUCGUAGCGACGGGAAAACCCUCUUCCAAAACGACCUCUCAUGGGCUCGGGUUGCAAACGUAUUGUUUUUGGAAUCACCGACUGGAGUGGGAUUCUCGUACUCCAAUACUACAUCGGAUUACCAAAGCAACGGAGACAAGAGUACGGCAAUCGACAACUAUGCAUUUUUGGUGAAUUGGUUGGAGAGGUUCCCAGAGUAUAAGGAUCGAGAUUUUUAUAUCUCCGGCGAAAGCUAUGCAGGUCAUUACGUCCCUCAACUGGCUCACGUUAUUCUCUCACACAAUAAGAACGCUGGAAAGACGAUCGUCAACCUGAAGGGUAUUAUUAUUGGAAACGCAGUAAUCAACGACGAGACAGAUGAAAUCGGAAUGUACGAUUUCUUUGCUACCCAUGCACUAAUUGCCGAUAGAACUUCAAAAGACAUAAAGAAGUAUUGCAACUUCUCGCCGAACACGACGACACAGAAUCUAAAAUGUAUUAAAACCAUGAAAAUAGUUGAGGGCAACACAAACAUGAUCGACAUCUACAACAUCUACUAUCCAAUAUGUGGAAACAAAAGCUUGACAGAUCAACCGAAGAAGGCAACAGUGAUGAACUACGAUCCAUGCACCGAUUACUACACGCACGCAUACUUAAAUCGAGCAGAGGUUCAAAGGGCAAUGCACGCCAACGUAACAAAGCUUGCAUAUAGGUGGACGCCUUGUAGCAAUGUCAUCAAUAACUGGUCCGAUAGCGCAUCCACCGUUAUUCCUCUACUGCGAGAGUUCAUGGACAAUGGCUUACGAGUCUGGAUUUUCAGCGGUGACAUUGAUGGGAGAGUACCCAUCACGUCCAGCAAAUACUCUAUUGCCUCGAUGAAGCUUCCUGUGAAGAAAUCUUGGUACCCUUGGUUUGUUCAACAUGAGGUCGGAGGGUAUGCGGAAGAGUACGAAGGGGGGUUGACAUUGGCAACAGUGAGAGGGGCAGGUCAUGAAGUGCCAAGCUUUCAGCCAAUAAGAGCCCUUGUGCUUAUCACACACUUCCUUAAGGGCACUCCUCUCUCAACCUUUUCUUCUUCAUAA